GGUUAUUUUCUAACCGUUCCUAGUAUUUGCAAUUUGCCUUGUCGCAAAUGAUACAAGUAUUGGCGCUAUAAUUAAAACCCACACACUUUCAUAAUGGAAGCGAUGGAGGUCGACGUUGUUGCAGGCGUUAAGAGAAAGGCACCCGACGACGAGGCCAAACCAACCAGAAGAAUCAAAGCACUAGACCCUGAUGUCGUCAACAAAAUAGCAGCCGGUGAAAUCAUCGUAGCACCCGUGCACGCAUUGAAAGAGCUGUUAGAGAACGCCAUCGACGCAGGCUCCACGUCUCUGGAAGUCCUUGUGAAGGAUGGCGGCCUCAAGCUGUUGCAGAUUACGGAUAAUGGCUCCGGAAUAGAAAAAGCUGACUUGGCCAUUUUGUGUGAACGCCACACCACCUCAAAAAUCACCGAGUUCGAAGACCUCAACUCAAUUUCCACCUAUGGCUUUCGCGGCGAAGCUUUAGCAAGUAUUAGCCAUAUCGCCCAUUUAACAGUUACAACCAAGACCAAAGAUUCAGCCUUGGCAUGGCGAGCGCACUACCUCGAUGGAAAGCUCGUACCGCCGAAACCUGGGCAGCCAGCCGAGCCCAAGGGCAUAGCUGGACGCCGUGGAACUCAGAUUUCAGUGGAAGAUUUGUUCUUCAAUGUUCCGACAAGACGAAGGGCCUUUCGAUCUCAUGCUGAUGAGUUCAAUAAAAUCAUUGACAUGGUGGGACGCUAUGCAAUCCACUCAGCCGGAGUUGGCUUUUCAUGUAAAAAGGCUGGUGAGGCGUCCACCAGUUUGUCAAUACAGAGCGCUGCGACGACGAAUGAUAGAAUACGGCAAAUAUAUGGUGGCAAUGUUGCGAACGAGCUAUUAGAAAUAGGCGCUGCUGACGCAAGAUGGGGCUUUACAUCCUCAGGUCUUGUCACGAAUGCCAACUAUCACAUUAAGAAGACGACCCUGGUAUUGUUCAUUAACCAUCGUUCGGUGGAGUCUACUCAUAUCAAAAAGGCUAUUGAGCAAGUAUACUCGACCUUUCUGCCUAAGGGAGGGCAUCCGUUUGUAUAUCUCAGCAUCAGCAUCGAUCCCGCCCGCAUCGACGUCAAUGUGCAUCCCACAAAGAGAGAAGUUCACUUCCUGAACGAAGACGAGAUUGUGCAAGAGAUUUGCAAGAAACUCGAGGCUAGCCUAGCAGCAGUAGACACCAGCCGAACAUUUCAGACUCAAACACUAAUCCCUGGGGCGCGCCAAGUCGACUCUGGAGAUGACGACGCCAAUUUCUCGACCAAGACUCCAAUGACCAGCAAGAAGCUGCGCCGCUACUCCAACGAUCUUGUACGUACGGACAUGUCUGAGCGCAAGAUCACCAGCAUGUUUUCAUCUGCAGGCGUCGGGGAGUCACCUGUGCCAAAUACUCGAUUUGACGAGCCCGUAGCUGUUCCAGAAUCCAUUGACUAUGCGGAAACGGGGAGGGAAUUUGUCCCUUGUCGUCUCUCAAGCAUUAAAGAGCUGAGGUGUGAGGUACGCGACGAAGCUCAUAGCGAACUAACAGAGACUUUUGCAUCACAUACGUUUGUCGGUAUUGUUGAUGAACAACGGCGCCUUGCUGCCAUACAGUCUGGGGUAAGAUUAUUUCUGGUUGACUAUGGGCAUGUCUGCUUCGAGUACUUUUAUCAGCUUGGUCUGAACGACUUUGGCAACUUUGGACUGUUGCAGUUUUCUCCUGCACUGAAUCUGCGAGAGCUACUCACUGCGGCGGCAGAGGUUGAAAAGGAGUCGUUAAAGGUCACCAACGAGAAUUUUAACGUGGAGACGAUUGUCGAGAAAGCUCACGACCAGCUGAUUGAAAGACGUGAGAUGCUACAGGAGUACUUUUCGCUCGAGAUCUCGCCAUCUGGAGAGCUGCUUUCCAUUCCGCUCAUGGUCAAGGGCUACACGCCGUCGCUUGCCAAGCUACCCCGAUUCUUGUUGCGUCUAGGCCCCUUUGUAAACUGGAAUGAGGAGAAACCCUGUAUGGAGUCCUUUCUGCGAGAACUGGCUACGUUUUAUGUACCAGAGCAGCUGCCGCCAAGUCCAGUAUCCGACGACCUGAGUUCCGAAAAGCUGCUACCGGAACUCAAGAUUCGCCGUCAACACAUUCGCUGGGCUGUCGAGCACAUCUUUUUCCCAGCAUUCAAGUCGAGACUUACGGCUACGAAGGCUUUAAUGGACGGUAGCGUGUUGGAAGUGGCCAAUUUGAAGGGCUUAUACCGAGUGUUUGAGAGAUGCUGAGACCCUCCCAGCCCAUAACCAUCUACAACAGAGAAACACAUACGGUAAUGUUAAUGACAUAUAAAUAGUUAAUAUUAACUUUUGUAAAUAGCUAUUUUGUGUUUUUUUUUUUUUUUAGUUUGUAGGCUUGUUCUUUUUCUUGUAGGCUAGGAAUCUCGUCAAGUUCAUAACAGCUUCAUCGGCACGUAGUCUCAGUUCAGAUUGAGUUCUCUUGUCAACAGACUUGGCCAUGGAUCUCGCCUUGGCAAUAGAUGACUCAAGAUGGCCGAUAAAGUUGUUGCCCCAGAAAACUGACUUGUCAUACGAGGCUUCCUCGUUACCGUAGAUGUCGAAGAGCUGGUUGAAUGCCUCGACAGCAUCGGCGGCAGGGGUGUUGGGCAGCGCAACCACAAGUGUGAUCAAAAAGGUUCCGAUUUCGCGGUUAAGAUCCUCAGAGCAAGGGUCGAGUGCUAGCUGGCCGAGGACGCCAAUACAUUUGACGCCUAGACUUUGGAAGGGGUCUUCAUCCUCAGCAGGGUGGUUGGCAGAUCCCUUCGUGGCCUGGUACAGCGAGAUGAACUUUUGUUGCUCGCCGGUCUUGAGAGGUGUCUUGCUCUGCAUAGCACGAGCCACUGCCCAGGCAAUGCUAGUGACUUGUGUAGCGAGCGUGAGGUCGGCGGUAUCAGAAGCAAGGAUGGGAGACACGACGCGCUCCCAAAUUGAGUGAGCGGCUGGUGACCACGCCUUUUGAAUACCGGUGUUGUGGUCGUCAGAGAAGUCGACCAGAGAUAGCGACCAGGCAAUGUUGUUCAGAGCGGAAAGAGCAUGGCCUUGGAUGGCAAUGGCUUCGUCGUUGGAUGGUUGAGAAGAAGCAAUGCGGAUCAGUUCGGGAAGAGUUGUGUCGAUAAGCGCUUGAAGCACUGGUAAGUCGCUAAUGUUGUCGUCAUCGUCUCCGCCAGUAACCAUGUCCAUAUCAGCUUCCAUGGCCUCCUGGUCCAUUUCAUCAUCCUCAUCCUCGUCUUCCUCAGCGUCGUCCUCUCCGUCUUCAGCCAGUUCUUCGUCAUCGUUAGCGUCAUCCAUGUUCUCAUCAUCUUCAGCACCCUCGGGGCCACUGCCAUUUUGAGCUGGGCGAGCAGGCUUUGCAGAAGCACCCCCAGUCAUUGUUGUUGUCAGGCUGGUGCCGAUGGCGGCGAUGGUUUCAAGAGCGAGCUGCUGGUAUUCGACAGGGUUAGACCAGCCAGAGCCUUCUGAGAUGACGUUUUCCGGAUUAAAAGUCGCAAUGGCCUUUGUGAGGGUGGGAAUCAGGACGGCAUCAUCGCCGUCGUCGGACUCGGCGCCCUUGCGAGAUCCUGCGAGAGACGCGAAGAUGUUGUGGAGAACAGCGCAAGCAAGGAUGCCAUCGCUGUUGACUUCAUCCUUCAAGGACAUGAUAGAAGUGACAAAGGGGUCGUCUGAGGCCUUGGCGAUGCUUUCGGCAAGCUUUUCGUUGUCUUCGCAAAGAAUCAUGAAGCAGGCCAGAGCGUCCGUUUUCAGGGCAUCAACGCCCUCUUCAUUCUCGAUAGGGCUCUUGUAUGACACAAUCAGUGCCAGCAUACGGGUGAUUGUGGUGUUGGACGAGAUGGCGACGAGGAUGUCAUCUCCAGCCUCGGCCAAAGCUGUGAGCAAGGAAACAAGAGACGAGGCAAUGCUCCAGCAAACACCUCUCUCGGCCUUUGUGCUGUUUGAGAAGAGCAUAGCCUUUUGUUGAAGCUUUUCAGUGAU